AUAGUACAUACUUCAAUGUUAAAGCAUAACAACGACAUUCACAUUCACUAGCUGGUUCAAUUUGCGGUCAUAUCGUCAGUUAGAGCGGCUCGAGCAACUCGGUCUUGGCUUUAGUUUAAGGUAGUUUGGCAUCGCGAGUGGUUGAGACAGUUAAAAAGAAGUGACAACCUUAAGUGCACAUAUGUCUACACACAAAAUUUGACGAAUUCGUGAAGUUUAUAUCGUUUCACUGAGAUAAAAUACUCAUUUGAAGAUCUACAUACAACCUUAGUUUCUAAAAGAUGUUUAAAAAUAAUACGAGAACCUUGGUGCUAGGUGCGGUGCUAAUCGCCAUACAAACGAUAUCAUGGACACCAAUAAUGAGUCUACCGCAAGGUGCUCCGGAGACAGUAUGCGACACAAUGCUACCCUUUCAUGGCGGUGGCAUACCGCCUUCAACUUCUUUGCCACCUUUUCGAAUAGAAACGUCGUCGUCAGUUGUUGGCCAAGGGCAAACGAUGCGUGUGGACAUCGUUGGCGUUCCACCUGGUUUGAGCUUCGGGGGAUUUAUGUUGCAGGCACGCAACCGAAACUCGCCACAUCAAAUUAUUGGACAGUUUAAUCCAUCGUCGGAUAGUCGCGUUAAGCAGAUGAACUGUGAAAGUUCUGUUGGAAACUCUGUAACACACUCAAAUACUAGUCCAAAACAAUCUGUGAGCUUGGAGUGGCAGCCUCCUGUGGAUUUUUUGGGAGAAGUUCUUUUCAACGCUACUGUGGCACAAGCUUACGAUUCUUUUUGGGUUGGCAUACCAUCAAACACCGUACAGGUUGUACGACGAGAUACUGUGGGUUCAUACCCUCAGACCACUCGUCUACCUUAUGUUACGCCACCACCACGUGGACCUUACACCCCACAAACAGAGUCUCCAAUGACUACACAACCACAAGACGAUCCUUUCUAUACCGACUGCGGUCGUAGCAAAACUUGUUUCGGUUUUCCGGAUGGUUGCAUCGAAACAAAGUCCUGUAAAUCUAUAUCUGCGGUAAUGGUACGCGGUGAUGUCUACGAAUUUGAAAUGAAAUCGUUAAGCAGUGGUGCUGCUUAUAUAGCGUUAGGGCUUUCGGAGGAUGCCAAGAUGGGUGACGAUCUCGUGACGGAGUGUGUACCGCAGAACGGUAGAGUCAGUCUAUAUUCCUCUUACACUUCGGGUGCUCCAAAUUAUGCCGCCACCAGAGCGAAUGUUCCGCAAAAUAAAGCUCGUUUAAUCGAAUCUUCGGUCAUAGAUGGUGUCAUCUACUGCAAGAUUCAACGGGAGGUGAUUACUCAGGUGUCAAGUAAAACUUUCGAUUUACUCAAUAACAGAUAUCACCUUCUAAUAGCGUCUGGAACAGGACUAAAAGAAAAUAGUGUCGGAUAUCACGAUAUCGGUCGUUUGCCAUCUGCUGCCCCCAUAAAUUUGGCUGUGGUCCAAGACCUAUCUGGGUCGUCUACCCUACUUUUGCGCUUGCACGGGGCUUUCAUGGUGAUAGCAUGGAUUGGUACAACAUCGUUAGGUAUAAUUUUGGCUCGAUACUUCAAACAGACUUGGGUCGGUAAACAGAUUUGUGGAAAGGACCAAUGGUUUGUGUGGCACCGUGCGUGUAUGGUUACCACAUGGUCAUUGACAAUCGUUGCGUUUAUUAUUAUAUUCGUUGAAAUCGGAGAUUGGUCAUCAGAACGCAAUCCACACGCCAUUCUGGGUACUAUAACGACCAUAAUUUGCUUUAUUCAACCAAUCGGUGCCCUAUUCCGUCCGGCACCAAACGCCAAAAGUCGUCCAAUUUUCAAUUGGUUGCAUUGGUUGGGAGGAAAUUUGGCGCACAUACUUUCAAUUGUCACGAUUUUCUUUGCUGUGAAAUUAACCAAGGCGGAGCUGCCAGAAUGGAUGGAUUGGAUCCUGGUUGGUUUUGUUGUGGUACAUGUAAUUGUACAUUUAAUUUAUUCGAUCGCCGGAUUCUCUUCUGACCGUCAGCAGGCACAGCAAGUUACUGCCUUUCAAAUGAGCGACAUGGGGCAUCACGGUAUGCGAAAUGGCCACAGAAUGGAACGCAAUACUGACGCACCGUAUUCUAGAUUUCGGAAGGGUCUUCUUGCUGCCUACACUAUUAUUUUGAUACUCUUCGUUGUUGUCCUGGUGUUAAUAGUGGUUCUAGCUCCAAUCGAAGAUACCUUCAAUAAACUGAAAAGCAAUUGAACCGUAUAUGGAGAACAUCACUCACUUCAAUCGCAAAACCUGAAAUUAUCAAUACCAAGGAAUUCGCUCAAGUUUACAAAAUAUAUGUAUAAGUGCUUUGUAUUAUAUAUACGAGAUCCUGGGAUGAAAUUCCAGCUGUUUCUUUACAAUUCAGUGUACUUGUA